AUGGAGGCUCUCUUCUUCAACUCGCACUCGGGCUACCUCGAAGGCAUCAUCCGAGGCUUCAAGGCUGGGCUGUUGACCCAGACGCAGUACUCCAACCUAACCCAAUGCGAGACCCUCGAUGGUCAGUCCACCCGCAAUGCCAUCUCUAUCCCGGUAUAUUUCAUCUGGUCUUGUUGCACGCGUCGCCCGCACAGACUUCCGCAUGCAGCUCUCUGCCACCGAUUACGGCAACUUUCUGGCCAAUGAGACGCCCCCGAUCUCGACCUCGACCAUCGCCGAGAAGGCGACCCAGCGACUCGUGGAGGAGUUCAACUACAUCAAGUCCAACGCCGUCGCACCCUUGACCGCCUUCCUCGACUACAUGACCUACGCCUAUAUGAUCGACAACGUCGUGCUGCUCAUCUCGGGCACCUUGCACGAGCGGGACACCCACGAUCUGCUCGAGCGAUGUCACCCGCUCGGCGUGUUCGACACCAUGCCGGCCCUGUGCGUCGCUACCAACGUCGAAGAGCUCUACUCGACCGUCAUGGUGGAGACACCCUUGGGUCAGUUUCCCCGUUGAUCUGGUCCGAAUAAGCCUUCGACCCGUCCACACUGACCGAAGCGCCGUGCUUCCUCCUGGACAGCUCCCUACUUCCGAGAUUGCCUCAGCGCCCAGGAUCUCGACGAGCUCAACAUCGAGAUUGUCCGCAACACCGUGAGCCCACUUUGGACCCUUGAUGUGGUUAUCAGCUUAGUUUCUGACGAUCACUCGCGCCGCCAUAGUUGUACAAAGCCUACCUCGAGGACUUCCACUCGUUCAUCUUGUCGUUGGGAUCGCCAGCGUCCGACAUCAUGUCGCCGAUCCUCUCGUUCGAAGCCGACCGACGAAGUCUCAACAUCACGAUCAACUCGUUCGGCACAUCCUUGACGAAGGAUCAGCGCGCCAAGCUGUUCCCAUCGUUGGGCCGAUUGUAUCCCGAAGGCACGACGACAUUGGCCAAAGCCGACGAUGUCGACCAAGUCAAAACCGUUUUGGACUCCGUCGUCGAGUAUCGCUCGUUCCUCGACUCGACACAGGCCGGGGCAGGAGGGAAUGGUGGAGCAUCCGACGGCGCAGCCUCGCUCGAGGACCACUUUUUCCAGCACGAGGUCGGCUUGAACAAGCUCGCGUUCAUGCAGCAGUUCCAAUACGGACUCUUCUACAGCUUCUUCAAGCUCAAGGAGCAAGAGAUCCGUAGCCUGACCUGGAUCGCCGAGUGCAUUGCUCAGAACGCCAAGGACCGGAUCAACGACUACAUCCCGACAUUUUAG